GUUAUCUGUCCAUUCAUGGUAUUGGGGAUAUUGUGCAGCUGGAAGGAAGUAACAUGGCUGCCAGGCUGUGGUGAUGUCACAUUCUAUAUAACAUUACAAUGUACCAAAAGCUAUGAAAUCCCUGCUCAUAGACAUUUCAGCACCUUUCGAGUCUUUGCUCAGGUGAGGGCUUCACUUAGGAAGGGCGAGCUAAUUUAUAGUUAGCGUAUUCUUCCUGCUUUUUUUUUGUUUUAUUUGUUUGUUAUUUUAUCUACAUCCGGGCCAAAACCACCAGCACCUAGUGAGGGAGGACCUACCUCCAACCUGGGAACCAUGGGUUCCUGGGAGCUUCGUGGCUUGUUUGAUGACAACCAGACAUGGCUGAAUCGCCCAGAGAAUGCGGGCCAGACUAUUCUCCGGGACGGCCUCAGAUCUGCUCAGCGCAGAAGAGAGAGGAUGCAGACCAGGGCUGAUCUCCUCCACGGGAGACCAUCAGGAGGAAGGGAGAGAGGCCGCCCCCUAGUGACACCAACAUCAGCCCAACCAGACUAUGAACUGACAGAGUAUGAACUGGGCGAAGAGGUCACGGCCAUUCCAUGCGGGCACCCAUAUCACCACCCGUGCAUCGCCCAAUGGCUUAGGAGAAACUCCUUUUGCCCCUUGUGCUGAGGACGUUGCUUUUCCAACUCCCUCCCCCACUUUCCUAACCCCCCUCCCCCAUCCUCUCUCACCCCCUCCCCUUAUGUAUGUACAAGCAUACAUAAGAACCUCUACAUUAUUCUCUAAUAAUAGCCUGUAUGGCUUUAUAUAAGCAAAAAAAAAUAAUAAUCUUUAACCCCUUAAGGACCAAGCCCAUUUUCACUUUAAGGACCAGAGCAUUUUUUGCAUAUUGGACCACUGUCACUUUU